CCGGCAAAGCCGCGAUGGCAACGCAUUUCAGCUCGGGGCAGUACGAAGAUGCCUAUAAUCCACGGAAUUUGCAAAGCUGGAGUCUUCCCAAGGUUACUAAGGCGCAUCCUUCAGCCCGGGAAGGCUUUACUCAAAUUAUAGCCAAUGACAGAGGUCAUUUGCUACCUUCCAUACCACGCUCAAAGGCUUCCCCUUGGGGUACCUAUAUGACGACUUGGGAUAUGCCCCUCAAAAUCCCACCGGCCAAAGUCUCGCUCACUUCUCGUUCGAUUGAUGCGGCCGCCCGGCUCACCGAAUGGAUGAAUAAAUCAACAGCCUUAAGCCAAGCUUGCAACGGAUUGUGUCCAGAAAUCGUUGGCAAGCCCUCCAUCCCGGUCAUCAAGGAAUCCAUCUCUAAACCCAGCCGGGCUUCCAGUAAAACCUCCGAGCGGCCCGUUUCCUCCGGGAAGAUGCCAGCCUUCGAAGAGGUUGGGUCCCGGGCGGGAGCCACCCCCAACGGCCCUCUGUCCCGCCAGCCCGGCAGCAUGGACCUCCGCCUGAAAGACCUCGGGGGUGCCGACGCCCAGGACGUCAGCGAGCUGGAAGCCAGGCCGCCCAAGGAGAGGACCGGUGACGAUAUCCCGCUGUCCCGCCAACCGGGUUGCAUGGACCUGCGCCUGAAGGACGCCAGCCCCCAGAUGCCCGCCUCCAACCGACCCGGUUCCCGGGAGCCCACUCCCAGGCGGACCAUCUCCGCCGAGACCCCUCCGUCCGCUCGGCCCCGUUCCCGGGAAACCAGACCCAAAAACGUGGGGACCCCCGAACCCCUGUCUCCCUGCCGUCCAGGCUCUCGGGAGGUCAAUCCUCGAGGGGACCGUUCGCCGGAGGUUUUGACCUCCGGCCGGCCACUCCCCAAGACCAGGCAGGGGUUGGAGGUGCCGAAGACAGGAGGCGCCGAAAGGAACGUCUCCCGACCUCUUCCCUCCACAUAA